AUGGCACUCAGCAUUCCCUCCACCCUCAAGCUCGCCCAUCUAAAGCACAUAGCCUUCAAAUGCGGCAUCUCAAGCUCGGGCACCAAGCCAAUCCUCACGCAACGUCUCCACGAUGAGAUCACGUCCGUCUCCCCCCGCGGGAGCAAGACAAAACCAAGUCGAAUACUCAGUAUAGAUAUGGGCAUCAGGAAUCUUGCUUAUUGCGUUCUAGACGUACCUCCUAAGGAAGCGCCGAUAAUUAAAGCAUGGCAGCGUCUUGCGGUCUCGUCUCCGCCUUCUGAUUCCGGCUCUACGCUUGCAGUCAAGGAGUCUUUUACUCCUGCUACGCUGUCUUGCACUGCAUAUGAGUUGCUUAGACACCGUUUGCUGCUUUUGAAGCCUACGCAUAUCUUAAUUGAACGCCAGCGGUUUCGUUCAAUGGGCUCGAAACAUAUCCUGGAAUGGACGGUUCGCGUAAACAUGUUCGAGUCGAUCCUCUACGGCGUUCUAUACACCCUCAAAGGAGAAAAAAUCUGGGAUGGUAGUGUGGAAGCCAUUGCUCCUGGCAAAGUGGGACCGUUUUGGAUAGACGAGGAGAGGAAAGAGAAGGGGAGGAAAGCUAAAGGUGCUAAGGCUAAGAAUAAAGGAGCGAAGAUUGAUCUUGUGAGGCAGUGGUUGGAGGAUGGGGAGAUGCUGAGUUUGGGGAGUGAAGAGGUGCAGGGGGUGGCGAAGGCGUAUAGGGAGAAGUGGGAUGGGAAGAGGUAUAGCAAGGUGAAGGAUGGAGAGGAGAGGAUGGGAAAGCUGGAUGAUUUGGCGGAUUCGAUGUUGCAGGGGUUAGCGUGGGUGAGGUGGGAGGAGAAUAAGAGGGUUGCGUUAAGGGAUGGUGUUGAGGUUUUAUUGGAGCCUGAACGCUCAUAG